GCCACCAGUGUUAUUGGGGUAGCUGUCGUCGAGGUUUCUAUGCAUUAUACAUUUUUGAAUACACGGUGUAAUACACGGUCGGCUGUGUGGUGACACAUCAGUGAUAGCGUUCAAAGUAGAAUCACCACCAGCGUUUACGAUGUGAAACAUGAUUUUGAGCACUUUCCCCACAAAAAAACACUAAUUAUUGAAAAGAAAUGUAUUGCAAAAUCGUCGUGCUUUUCUAUUGCGUCCUGACCAUUGGAUUACUUCCAGUUACGUUUGCUGACAUGGAAGAUACGAGCGAUGAGGGUGGAAGAUAUCAAGAAAGUAAAUCUUCCCAGCAGAAUGAAUCCGUAAGUGCAGGUCCUCCAGAUUCCCACGAAGCCAUGAACUAUCGGGAAACCGAUUUAUUGACGAGAAAUAAAAGAGAUUCGUUAAAUGACGACAACACGGAAAAUGCAGAAUCGAUCAAGAGAGAACAGGACGAUUCUUCGAACGUUACAGCGAGCGAGCUUCUCCUCGAGCUGAUGAUUAAAAUCGCCGCUCAUCCGGAGGAGUGGAACAAAGUCCACAAUUUAUUAGGAAAUAUCAACAAUGACAUACUGAUGACCGAAAAGUUGUUAGAAAACCUGCAGAAGGCCAAGAUCAAGCCAGAACCGGCCGCAAAAUCAGUUGAGAAAAAGCAAAAAGAGCAAGUGAUUAACAAGACAGAAACCGGCGAAUGGUCCGAUUUCCAGACUAAAGUCAAGGAUAAAUUAGGGUUUUUGAACACACUUCCGCCUGAUGAUUAUCAUUUGCGAAACAACCAGUAUAAGCCCUUUCCCAAAACCUUUGCAUAUCAUAGAGUCACGGGACGACCGAUGUAUCUUCAGAAGAAUCCCAAAGCUUAUAUCGCCGUUUCGGUCAUAGCACCCAAAUAUAUCAAUUCUGGGACGAAAGACGAGGAUCUGAUUUUAGAGAAAGAGCUGCGGCAGUUGAAACCGUGGACACACGACCAGAAUUUGAAAAACAUGGCUUCGAUCAGGUCCAGGUGGGUGAUCGGGAGGGAGGACAGGAAGAAACCCGUUGUACCAUAGAUUAAAAUGUAAUUAAAACUAAUAAUAGAAAUAAAAUAUUUUGUGAAAAAUAA